UCAGGUCGGGAGGACAAGGGCAAGCGUGACGGAGUGACAAAAAGAACAGAAGCAGUAGCUCGGAGAAGCGAAAGUCAAGUGGAGUCGUCAGCGUUAUAAUUAUUUCAGCUGUCCGUCGUCAAAGGGCAAGAAGCAGUUGAAUUUUCCGGGUAAUAGAAAGUAACGGCAUAACAAUGAUGACCCAGGUGGAAACAACGGUGCUCUAUAAUAACGGCUACGAGGAUGAGUAUAUGAUGCAGGAAGAUGAGUGGGACAGGGACAUGCUACUGGACCCUGCAUGGGAACAACAGCAGAGGAAAACAUUCACAGCCUGGUGUAACUCUCAUCUGAGGAAAGCUGGCACUCAGAUCGAAAACAUCGAGGAGGACUUCAGGAAUGGACUUAAACUCAUGCUGCUUCUAGAAGUUAUUUCAGGAGAAAGGUUACCCAAGCCAGACAGAGGGAAGAUGCGGUUUCAUAAGAUUGCCAACGUCAACAAAGCACUGGACUUUAUCACAAGCAAAGGAGUAAAACUAGUCUCUAUUGGAGCUGAAGAGAUUGUGGACGGUAACGUGAAGAUGACCCUUGGAAUGAUAUGGACUAUCAUCCUCCGUUUUGCCAUUCAGGACAUUUCUGUGGAAGAAACAUCUGCCAAGGAAGGCCUUCUUCUGUGGUGCCAGAGAAAGACUGCCCCCUACAGGAAUGUCAAUGUCCAAAACUUCCAUGUCAGCUGGAAGGAUGGCCUGGCCUUCUGCGCCCUGAUUCAUAGACACAGACCUGACCUCCUCGACUACUCUAAACUCAACAAGGAUGAUCCUCUGGGAAACCUGAACCUGGCUUUCGACAUAGCCGAGAAACACCUGGACAUUCCCAAAAUGCUGGAUGCGGAAGAUAUAAUCAACACCCCCAAGCCUGAUGAGCGAGCGAUCAUGACCUACGUGUCCUGCUUUUAUCAUGCCUUUGCAGGAGCAGAGCAGGCAGAAACAGCUGCCAACAGGAUCUGCAAGGUGCUUGGAGUAAACCAGGAGAAUGAGAAAAUGAUGGAGGAGUAUGAGAGACUGGCCAGUGAGCUGCUGGAGUGGAUCCGCCGGACCACCCCCUGGCUGGAGAACCGGACCCCAGAGAAGACCAUGGCAGAGAUGCAGAGGAAGCUGGAGGACUUCAGGGACUACAGACGCCAACACAAGCCCCCUAAAGUGCAGGAGAAGUGCCAGCUGGAAAUUAACUUCAACACCCUGCAGACUAAGUUGCGCAUCAGCAAUCGCCCCGCCUUUAUGCCCUCUGAGGGGAAGAUGGUGUCUGACAUAGCCAGUGCAUGGCAGGGCCUGGAGCAGGCAGAGAAAGGCUAUGAGGAAUGGCUCCUUACAGAGAUCCGCAGGCUGGAGAGGCUGGACCACCUUGCUGAAAAGUUUCGCCAAAAAGCCACCAAUCAUGAGAACUGGGCCAGUGGUAAAGAGCUCAUGCUGUCCCAGAAGGACUACGAAACAGCCACCCUGACAGAAAUAAGAGCAUUGCUUCGAAAACAUGAGGCCUUCGAGAGUGACUUGGCGGCCCACCAGGACAGAGUGGAGCAGAUUGCAGCUAUUGCUCAGGAAUUGAAUGAGCUGGAUUAUCAUGAUGUUGCUGGUGUGAACCAACGUUGCCAGAGCAUCUGUGAUUUGUGGGACAAGCUGGGAACCCUAACCCAGAAGAGGAGGGAGUCACUUGAGCGUACAGAGAAGCUCCUGGAAACUAUUGAUCAGUUGUUCCUGGAGUUUGCCAAGAGGUCUGCUCCUUUCAACAACUGGAUGGAAGGAGCCAUGGAAGAUCUUCAGGACAUGUUUAUAGUGCAUACCACUGAGGAAGUCCAGAGUCUAAUCGCAGCUCAUGAGCAGUUCAAAGCGACCCUACCUGAGGCAGACGCAGAGAGACAGGCGAUCCUGGGAAUCCAAAAUGAGGUGCAGAAAAUUUCCCAGAGCUACGGGAUCAAGGCCAACAUUAUCAACCCGUACAGCACCAUCACAAUUGAAGAGCUCCUCAACAAGUGGGAAAAGGUUAAGAAGCUGGUUCCUCAGAGGGAUGGUGCCCUCCAGGAGGAGAUGGCCCGUCAACAUGCCCAUGAGCGGCUGAGACGACAGUUUGCUGCUCAGGCUAAUCUCAUUGGUCCCUGGAUACAGACCAGGAUGGAGGAAAUCGGGCGCUGCUCCCUGGAGAUAGGAGGCACCCUGGAGGACCAGAUGACCCAGCUGAAGCAAGUUGAGCAUGUUAUUGUCGCUUACAAGCCCAACAUUGACAAGUUGGAGGGAGACCACCAGCUUAUCCAAGAGUCACUGGUGUUUGAUAACAAACACACCAACUACACCAUGGAGCACAUUCGUGUCGGGUGGGAGCUGCUCCUCACAACCAUCGCCCGAACAAUCAACGAGAUUGAGACCCAGAUCCUGACCCGAGAUGCCAAGGGAAUCAGCCAGCAGCAGAUGAAUGAGUUCAGAUCAUCUUUCAACCACUUUGACAGGAAGAAAAAUGGAGCCAUGGAAACCGAUGACUUUAGAGCCUGCCUCAUCUCCAUGGGUUAUGACUUGGGGGAGGUGGAGUUUGCCCGUAUAAUGAUGCUUGUGGACCCCAGUGCAACUGGUAGUGUCUCUUUCCAGUCUUUUAUUGACUUUAUGACCAGAGAGACUGCAGAUACGGACACUGCAGAGCAGGUUGUGGCGUCCUUCCGAAUCCUGGCAACUGACAAGCCCUACAUUCUGGUGGAUGAGCUGAGGAGGGAACUUCCACCAGAACAAGCAGAGUACUGCAUCACAAGGAUGCCACCUUACACUGGCCCUGGAGCCCCACCUGGGGCACUAGACUACACCGCCUUCUCCACCGCCCUCUACGGAGAGAGCGACCUUUAACUGACUAGACUUGCCAACUUCAUUUACUGAUAGUUUAUGUAACCAUCCCAUCCCCCAAUCUACAUUUUAUCUCCUUAUCAUUUUAAGGAAUCUUUAAAACAAUUGGAUCAAAAAGAAAUGCGUUAGAAACAUACUAAAUAUAUAUUUUUUGUUUUUUAGUGUUCUGGAACAUUAACUGUCCACUUUCAUGCUGAGCACAGUCAUGUCAUGUGUCUUGGUACUUGUCUUGUUUCCCCUUGGAAGGAAAUGCCCCCCAGACAAGUAAAGGUUACCAUUUUCAAAUGAUUUGUGAGCAACAGUUCAUUUUAUAUUUAUCUUGUGUGUUAUAUUUGUGCAGAAAAAAAGGGCUCUAUGGCAAAGGAAAGACUAGAUGAAAAUUAUAGUUCACCAAAAGUGAAAAAGUUCAAUUAAACUUAAAAGGCAACUUUUACUGCAAAAAUUGAACUAUGUCUUGGGAAAUACUUCUAACUUAAAGCAAAAGAUAUGUUCUCAGUUUUGGUGAAAGCUUUGAUUUGCUGUAUUUUGGUUGGAAAAUGAAGCUACUCAGGCAGUGCUGUCACCUCGAAGAAAUUUGCAGGAUUUGUUAUCAGAUUAAUCAGUGAGUAACACUGUACUUGUGGGCAAAUGGAUAAUUCAAUAAAGUGCUUUGACUUGUUUCAA